AGGAUUGUGACUUAUUUGAAUAGGAAUUCGAAUAAUUGGGCUCUGUUAGCUUGUAGCCAGCAAGCUAAAUCAAGCUAAGCUAAAUAGCUCGCAAUUGCUUGCAAACCCAGCAUUGUGGAGCUUAGUGAGCUCAUUUCCUUGCUGUUUAUCUUAGCGUUUGUGAUUCUUGCUCCUGGAGCGUAGCUAGCGUCAGCUAAGCAAUGCCCUGUUUCGUGGCCUAGUGUUAAUGCGCAAUGUUAUAGGAAUGCCCAAGGAAAAAUAUGACCCGCCGGAUCCAAGGCGGAUGUACACAAUUAUGUCCAGCGAGGAGGCAGCCAACGGGAAGAAGUCAUACUGGGCUGAGCUGGAAAUCAGCGGCCGAGUAAGGAGUCUCAGCACAGCCCUCUGGUCUCUCACCCACCUCACUGCCCUGCACCUCAGUGACAAUUCAUUGUCACGCAUCCCGCCAGACAUUGCCAAACUACACAACCUGGUGUACUUGGAUCUCUCAUCCAAUAAGAUCAGGAGCCUGCCGGCAGAGCUCGGCAACAUGGUGUCUCUCAGGGAACUGCUUUUAAAUAACAACCAGUUGCGGGUUUUGCCAUUUGAACUGGGGAAACUAUUUCAGUUACAGACACUGGGCUUGAAAGGAAACCCACUUGCACAAGAAAUUAUGAGCCUCUACCAGGAACCUGAUGGCACGAGGAGACUGCUCAACUACUUGUUAGACAAUCUGGCAGGGGCUAUCAAGCGCAUGCCAACAGAGCAGCCCCCAGCCCGGUCAUGGAUCUCACUCCAGGAACCAGACCGAACACGGCCCUCAGAUAUGAAGAACAUAGCACUGUUCUCAGUGAUGUGCUACAAUGUGCUGUGUGAUAAGUACGCCACACGACAGCUAUAUGGCUACUGUCCCUCAUGGGCUCUAAACUGGGAGUACAGGAAGAAAUCCAUCAUGCAGGAGAUCCUAGGCUGCAACGCAGACAUCAUCAGCUUGCAGGAAGUUGAGACAGAGCAGUACUACAAUUUCUUCUUGCUUGAGCUGAAGGAGCAGGGAUACGACGGGUUCUUCAGUCCGAAGUCGCGAGCCAGGACUAUGUCGGAGUCGGACCGUAAACAUGUGGAUGGAUGUGCAAUUUUCUACAAAACGGAAAAGUUCAGCGCGGUGCAGAAGCACACGGUGGAGUUCAACCAGCUGGCCAUGGCUAACUCCGAGGGUUCAGAGGCAAUGCUGAACAGAGUGAUGACUAAGGACAACAUCGGCGUAGCUGUACUGCUGGAGGUCCGCAAAGAGAUGAUGGAGGUCUCCUCUGGAAAGUCACUCCAUGGCAUGGAGAAGCAGCUGCUCCUGGUAGCCAAUGCCCACAUGCACUGGGACCCAGAGUACUCUGAUGUCAAGCUGGUCCAGACCAUGAUGUUUCUGUCAGAGGUGAAAAACAUAGUGGACAAGGCCACACGCAGCCUCAAGUUGUCCUCUGUCUCUGGUGAGACCAAUGCCAUUCCACUGGUGCUCUGUGCUGACCUCAACUCCUUGCCUGAUUCUGGUGUAGUGGAGUACCUGAGUACUGGCGGAGUGGACUGCACCCACAAGGACUUCAAGGAGCUUCGUUAUAGCGACAGCCUGACCAAAUUCAACUGCAACGGCAAGAACAGUACGUCCAAUGGCAGGAUCACACACGGCUUCAAACUGAAGAGCGCCUACGAGAACGGCCUGAUGCCUUACACCAACUACACCUACGACUUCAAGGGUGUCAUCGACUAUAUUUUCUACUCCAAGCCUCACCUGAACGUGCUGGGUAUCUUGGGCCCCCUGGACCAUCACUGGCUCGUAGAAAACAAUGUCAGCGGCUGUCCACAUCCCCACAUCCCCUCCGACCACUUCUCCCUCUUCGCCCAGCUGGAGCUGCUCCUGCCUAAUGUGCCCCCCCAGGUCAAUGGGCUCCACCUGCCUGCACGCAGGUAGUGAGUCCCCGCCACACCACCAGAGGGAGCUGCAACCACAGGCUCUCCUUUGCAACUUUCCUUCCUUCCUCCCACUACCAGCUCUUUGCUCCACCACACCAGAGGAGGACAAAAAAAAAA